UCUCCAGGACGAGGGUUGGGUUGCUUUUUUAUAUAUAUAAAAAAAAAUACCCCAGUCUAGUUUCAUUUAACUAGGAAAGUCCGAUAAGAACACAUUCUUAUUUACAAUGACGGCCUACCAAAAGGCUCCUUUUUGAGGACAGGGAUAACAAAUUAAAAAAUACAUGUAGGACAAAACACACCACUACAUAAAGAGACCUAAGACAACAUAGCAUGGUAGAAACAUUAUUGGGCAAGAAGGUAGCGACAAUAGCUCACGCGAAGCAGCCACAACUGUCAGCAGGAAGGACGGAGGGGAAAACCUUCUGCAGAUCGCUGGCGGCCAAAUAGUAUGCAAAAGAUGUUGACAAUAAUCUCCAACGUGCUGAGGGGUAGCGCAAGAAGAAAUGGAGCCCAGGUUGUGUCAGAGGCUGCCAGUCUGGUGGUGGCAUCACGCUCGUAUGCUGAUUUCACUCCUGAGGCCACCUUUGACAUAAAGAAAGUUGACCUUCAUCGUCUGGAGGAGGGCCCACCCCUGACAGCCACUCUGACCCGGGAGGAGGGGCUGAAGUAUUAUCGUACCAUGCAGACCAUAAGACGCAUGGAGCUGAAGGCUGACCAGCUCUAUAAGCAGAAGAUCAUCAGAGGCUUUUGUCACCUGUAUGAUGGCCAGGAAGCCUGUGCGGUUGGCAUUGAGGGGGGUAUCACCCUGUCAGAUCACCUGAUCACUGCAUACCGUGCCCAUGGCUACACCCUCACCAGGGGUGGGACUGUCAGGGAGAUCAUGGCAGAGCUCACUGGUCGUAGAGGAGGCAUUGCUAAGGGCAAGGGAGGCUCUAUGCACAUGUAUACUAAAAACUUCUAUGGAGGCAAUGGCAUUGUGGGAGCUCAGGUACCGCUGGGAGCCGGUGUAGCCCUGGCCUGCAAGUACCUGGGCAAUGAUCAGCUGUGUGUCAGUCUCUAUGGUGAUGGCGCAGCCAAUCAGGGUCAGAUCUUUGAGACAUAUAACAUGUCAUCUCUGUGGAAGUUACCCAUCAUUUUCAUCUGUGAGAACAACCAAUAUGCCAUGGGCACAUCAGUAGAGCGCUCUGCUGCGAGCACCGAAUACUACAAGAGAGGAGACUACAUUCCUGGCAUUAGGGUGGAUGGGAUGGAUGUCCUGUGUGUUAGAGAGGCCACCAAGUUUGCAGCUGCUCACUGCCGAUCUGGAAAGGGUCCUAUCCUCAUGGAGCUACAGACCUACCGUUACCAUGGACACAGCAUGAGCGAUCCUGGGGUCAGCUACCGCACACGUGAGGAGAUCCAGGAGGUCCGUAGUAAGAGCGAUCCCAUCUCCAUGCUGAAGGACCGCAUGCUCAGCAACAACAUGGCCAGCAUAGAGGAGCUCAAGGAGAUUGACAUUGCGGUGAGGAAGGAGAUUGAAGAUGCUGCACAGUUCGCCACCACAGACCCCGAGCCCCCUCUGGAUGACCUGUGUAGCCACAUCUUUGCCAACGAUCAGCCCUUUGAAGUGCGUGGUGCCACCCCAUGGACCAAGCUGACGUCGACCAGCUAAAGUAGCGUUUCCCAAACUCUGCCCUCGGGACCCCAAGGGGUGCACAUUUGUUUUUUCCCUCGCUCUACACAGCUGAUUUAAAACAAUCAAAGCAUGAUGAUUAGUUAAUUAUUCGAAUGGGUUGUGUAGUGCUAGGGCAAUAACCAAAAUGUGCACCCCAUUGGGUCCCCAGGCCCGAGUUUGGGGAACCGCUGAGCUAAAAGCUCUUGUGCCCCACCCCUUUGUCUCCCAGGCCCUUCCCCUAUCCUCCAACAACGCACAUUUGUCUUUGCACACAUCACCUUCUCCAUCUCAGCCAAUGGCCUUCAUGGACUCUAAUCUCUCGCCCCAAAGAAAGGCUCUUUAACAGAGAAGUUAAGAACCUUUCAUUGUCCCUCUCCAAAUGUUCUGAGACUGGUCACAUGGACCUAUUGUCCUUAUCAACAUUACAGGUGUAGUUACUCCUAUUCAAUGAUUGUGGUUGGUUUUCUCUCCAAAUAUAAGAUUAAAAGGUAUUUUAAAUAAAGUGAUUUACAUUGGGAUUAUUUUUUGUCAUGCCAAAUCAAAUCUGUGCCUGUGGGAUCUUCUCUGUUUCGACCAUGAGCGUCUCUAGGCUGCGGGUCACUCAUAGCAGAACACAAACACUGCAGAGCCGCAUGGAUGAAGUCUGGAUAUUGUGGUGUGAUGCUUCAGAGAGAUAUUAUUAAAUCAUGUUGACCUCAUGCCUUCACUAUCUUGUCAGUCAUACCCCAACUUUGUAGACAAUGAUUGUCCUUCUAAAUCAUUAUUUGCCCUGCUCUCUUGUUUCCUGAAUUUUUUUCUUUUUUAUUCUAUCAGCCUCGUAUUUAUUGCUGAAUGUGUUUUGUAACUGACAUCCCAAUGCGGUUUGUUCAAACUACAACUACUUUAAGCAGGAAUAGAAAAUGCUGAUUUUUUGGGGGGGGGGGGUCGUCAACUGUUACAGUGGAUAAUGGUCAGAGAACAGUGGGGCACUACACACAGAUCUGUCCUAGUUUUCCCCCAGAGAUGCUAAUGUGUCAGGAAGUGUAUGUAUGCCUUGAUUGUCUUUGUACAGUCUAUCAAACAAAUAAACUUUGAAAGAAAGCUUUGUAUACAAAUGUG